CCUCUAAGCUUUCUUCUACAUACACAAGCUAAUUAAGGUAACAAACAUGGCGAGAUCUUCUGCUUGGCUUUCGCUCUCCCUCAGCUUUCUCGUGCUCUUCAAUGGCUGCUUUGGGCGGCGGCAGAGCUUCCAUGGGCAGGAGAGCCAGAACGAGAAGUGCCAGCUCAGCCAAAUCCACGCCAUCAGGCCCACCGGCAACAUCCCGGCGGAGGGCGGCACGACCGAGUUCUGGGACCCCAAUCAUGAGCAGUUCCAGUGCGGCGGCGCGUAUGCCUUCCGCCACAUCAUUCAGCCCAAUGGCCUCUUCUUGCCUUCCUACACCAGCGCCCCCCUCGUCGCCUACGUCCUUCAAGGGUCGGGAGAGUAUGGUAUCAUCGUUCCCGGAUGCGCAGAGACAUACCAGCAAUCUGAAAAAGGCUCCGAAAUCUUAGACAAGUACCAGAAGAUUAGAUACUACGAAAAAGGCGACAUUAUUGUCAUCCCUGCCAGCGCAGUUCACUGGUUCUACAACCAAAACAGGGAACCUACUAUCCUGGUUGUUCUUCAGCGCGCCAAUCCUGUCUCGUUCUUCCUGGCCGGAAAACCGGGAAGCAGUCAUCAAGGACAACGUGAACAGGGACGACAGCAACAAGAGCUGAUGACGGAGAGGCUGGGAUACGACGGCAACAUUCUGGCCGGAUUCGAUGUCCAGAUCGUGAAGGACGCACUGAACACGGACAGGGAGACGGCGGAGAAGAUCAUUGGAGGAAAUGCUAGAGGAAGAGGACACAUCGUAAUCGUGCAACAACUACCAUCAAGACCGGAGCAACGCCGCCAACCCGGCCGACAAGGAGGAGGAUCAUCCAACGCUCUGGAGGAAACCCUCUGCACCGCCACAUUUACACAGAACAUCGACAACCGUGAAAGAGCCGACAUCUACGACUCUCGGGCCGGCCGCCUCACCACCCUCAACAGCUUUACCCUCCCCGCCUUAAGCUUCGUCCGCCUCAGCGCCGCCCGCGGAUUCCUCAAUAAGAACUGGGGACUGGUACCACAAUGGUCCAUGAACGCGCAUAGCUUCCUCUACGUGACAAAGGGCAGCGCACUAAUCCAGAUCGUGAACCAGAGAGGAGAUACCAUCCUAAACGAGCAAGUCCAAGAAGGGCAACUGUUCCUCGUACCACAGAACUUCGCGGUGGUGAAACAAGCCGGAGACGAAGGGUUCGAGUGGGUGGAAUUCAGCACCAAUGAAAACGCCAUGUACAACACCUUCAGCGGCCGCAGGUCCACUCUCGCCGGGAUGCCGGCGGACAUUAUAGCCGCUUCUUACGACCUAUCCAAAUCCCAGGCUCAGAACCUGAAGGACAACAUGUCUUCCCUGUGGUUUUACCAGGCUUCCGGCAGCAGCCCAUCGUCAUCAUCAUCUUCCGGCCGAUCUGCUUUCAUAUAAUUAACCAGAUCGGAAAACAUCUAUCGGAAUUGAAUAAACCUAGUACGGGUAUGGAUCGGAGCGGCAUGCAAUUAUGGGUUUUAGAAUAAGACAGGAAACUAUAUUAUUCCUCCCUCGCUCCUAACUAUGUCUACAAAUAAUCAAAUAAAUAAAUAAAAUGCUACGUUUCUGCACGUACUACA